AAAGCGAACAUCCCUAGUUGUGACAUAACUACAUCAACAAAAUCAUCUGAUAGUUGUUUUGAAAACGUUAAAAAAAAUGGAAAAUGGGAACAACUCGGAGAGUGAGGAUGAUAAGUGUAAAGUUUUAAUAAUUGGUGGUGGAAUGGCUGGAUUAUCGGCAGCUUAUCAUUUAACGAAGAACGGUUUUACUGAUUAUAAAGUACUAGAAGCCCGUAAGAGGUUAGGAGGCCGCAUAAUUCAAAUAAAAAUUGGCUCCGAGGGUGUUGAAUUAGGCGCAAAUUGGAUUCACGGCGUCCUCGGAAAUCCAGUUUACGAGUUAGCGAUGCAAAACGGAUUAGUAGAUAUAAUGCAAAUACCUAAACCCCACAAAAUUGUUGCAGCUACAGAGUUGGGAAAACAAGUACCUUUCAAUGUGUUACAAGAAAUUUAUGAAGCAUAUUUGGUGUUUUUGAGGCGAUGUGAAGAAUAUUUUUUAUCUCAAUAUUUACCCCCGGAUGGUAUUGACAGUGUUGGUGAACAUAUAAAAUUAGAAAUCAGUUUGUAUUUAGAUAAAUAUAAAGACCCUCAAGAUAGAUAUUUAAGGCAAUUAUUAUUUGAUUGUUUAUUAAAAAGAGAAACUUGUAUAAGUGGGUGUGAUUCAAUGAACGAAAUAGAUUUAUUAGAAUUGGGAAGUUAUACGGAGUUACAAGGUGGUAAUAUUACGUUACCUCAAGGUUAUAGCUGUAUAUUAGAACCAAUUAUGAGAGAUAUCCCAAAAGAAAAGUUAUAUUUAAAUCAUCCUGUUUGUACGAUAAGAUGGAAUUUAAAUCCGACUCAUAAUGAUUCUGAUGAAUCAGACGAUUCCGAUAGAACCGUUAUAGAUGAAGAAGUAUGCAGUCGAGAAUCUAGUUGUGAAAAAACAAAACCUUAUAAUGUAGAAGUUAUUUGUGAUAAUGGUAAAAAAUUUUAUGCUGAACAUUUAAUUUGUACUUUACCUUUAGGAGUACUUAAACAUAAAGCUAACAAUAUUUUUCAACCCAAAUUGCCCGAAUAUAAAACGGAGGCGAUUGAUCGAUUAUUGUUUGGUACUGUUGAUAAAAUUUAUUUAGAGUAUGAACGACCUUUUUUAAAUCCAAAUAUCACUGAGGUUUUAUUACUUUGGGAAGCGGAAGAAAAUAAAAGCGACGUUGAUUAUUCGAAAAGUUGGUUUAAAAAAAUUUAUUCUUUUGCUAAAGUUUCGGAAACGUUACUUUUGGGAUGGAUUUCGGGAAAGGAAGCUGAAUACAUGGAAACUUUAGCUAAUGAUGUUAUUAUUGAAACUUGUACAGAUAUUUUAAGGAAAUUCCUUAAAGAUCCUUUCAUUCCAAAACCGAAAAACUGCAUAUGUACAAGUUGGUUUUCACAACCAUAUACAAAAGGUUCCUAUACAGCAAUUGCAGUUGGAGCCUCACAAAUUGAUAUUGAGUACCUUGCGCAACCUUUAUAUACAAAAGAAAACCAAGAAAAGCCUGUAGUUUUAUUUGCUGGUGAACACACUCAUUACAAUUUUUAUUCAACGGUACAUGGAGCUUAUUUAACGGGUCGAACGGCAGCACAAAUCUUAGUAAAUAACGAUGGUCACAUCGAAGAAGAAAUCGUAAUCGAUGCGGAUGAAGAUGCCACCGAUUUAAGUUCGUGGAUACAAGGGAUUUGUUUAGAAUAGUAUUUGUAUAUUUAAUUAUUAAGUAUUUAAAACAUAAAACGGUAUUAGAUAUUUCUUAAUGUCCUCUAAAAAAAGGGGCUUUCCUCUAACUGUAGCAGAGCUUUGAUAUCAUUUUAAUUAUGUUUUGUUGAAGUUAUUAAAUUUUAAUCCGCAUUUAUUAAGAAACAAAUUGUAUUUAUGAUUUUAAGCGUUUAAUUUUUUUAUUAUUUUUUUUUCUUUUUAUUGCUACAGUAUUCGCUGUGAAUUGUUGAACUUUUUAUUGUGUAAUUUACGCUUAUGCUAGUCAUUUUUAAAGGAGGCAAUUUUAAUUAUGUGCCCUUCUAAUUUAAUUAUUGUUAAAAAACAACGAUAAAUAAAAUACAAGAAAGACAAAA